AUGAAGAACCCGUUCCAAAAAAGAGCACAGAGUGAUGAUACCGACCACCAGCCACCGAGAGAGUCUGUCGGGGAGUCAGUUUCCACAGUUGAUCGCGAAAAAGCUCUUAACAGUAGCGAUGUUGUCGAUACACCUAUUCCACUACUCACCUGGCGCUCCGUGGUGAUGGGCCUAUUCGUGUCCAUGGGUGGGUUUGUGUUCGGUUACGAUACUGGCCAAAUUUCCGGUUUCUUGGAGAUGCCCAACUUCCUUCAACGAUAUGGACAAUUGGGAUCCGAUGGGACCUAUCAUUUUAGUAACGUGCGCUCUGGUCUCAUUGUUGGCCUGCUUUCCAUUGGUACCUUGAUUGGAGCUCUAGUUGCUGCGCCUAUCUCUGAUCGCACGGGGCGGAAGUGGUCGAUCAGUGGUUGGUGCGUGAUUCUAUGUGCUGGUAUCACUGUUCAAAUAUCCUCUCCUGCCGGGAAGUGGUACCAAGUCGCUAUGGGUCGUUGGACUGCAGGACUGGGUGUCGGCGCAUUAUCUUUGCUUGUCCCCAUGUAUCAAGCAGAGUCUGGCCCUAGGCACAUCCGAGGAUCACUGAUUAGUACAUACCAACUUUUCAUCACAUUAGGAAUUUUCGUUGCGAACUGCAUUAAUUUCGGAACCGAAGCUCGCGAUAAUACCGGCUCAUGGCGCAUCCCUAUGGGCAUUACCUAUUUAUGGGCUAUUAUACUCGGAGUUGGUAUGGCGUUUUUCCCGGAAAGUCCUCGUUAUGAUUAUCGGCAUGGGAGGGUGGAAAAGGCGAUCACCACCCUUUCAAAGAUAUACGGAGUACCACGUAACCACCGGGCUAUGAAGAUCGAAUUCGAAGAAAUCAAGCAGAAACACGACGAGGAAGUCCGCAAUGGCAAGGCCUCCUGGGUCCAGCUCUUCAAAGCCCCAACAAUGGCCAAACGUGUUGCUGUCGGAGUAAGUCUACAAGCGCUCCAGCAGCUGACCGGUGCCAACUACUUCUUCUACUACGGAACCACCGUCUUCAAGGGCGCUGGUAUUGCAAACAGCUACGUCACACAGAUGAUUCUAGGCGGUGUCAAUUUCGGAACUACCUUCCUGGGUCUCUAUCUGAUUGAGAAUUACGGUCGACGUCGAUCUCUCAUUGCAGGUGCUCUGUGGAUGUUCGUGUGCUUCAUGAUAUUCGCUUCCGUCGGCCACUUCUCUCUUGAUCGAGACUUCCCGGAGCGCACCAAGUCAGCCGGUGUAGCCAUGGUCGUCUUUGCCUGUCUAUUUAUUCUCGGUUUUGCAAGUACAUGGGGCCCAAUGGUGUGGACGAUUAUUGCAGAGCUCUAUCCCUCCCAGUACCGAGCGCGCGCCAUGUCCCUCGCGACGGCAUCCAACUGGCUCUGGAAUUUCCUCUUGGCAUUCUUCACGCCGUUCAUUGUCAGUGCGAUCGACUUCCGGUUUGGAUAUGUCUUUGCUGGAUGUCUCUUCCUUGCUGCUGGAUUGGUUUACUUCGCUGUUAUUGAGGGCCAGGGUCGGACCCUCGAGGAGAUUGAUACAAUGUACCUCAUGAAGGUCAAGCCCUGGGAGAGCUCUAAGUUUGAAUUCCCAGCUGAUCCGAAUGUUAUGCGUGGGUCUUUUGAUAAGACAGACGGGACUGGCUCUGCGGCCCAUGUUGAGCCGACUGGCGGGGUUCAAGAGGAGGUGCCUACUAUUCAGGAGACUCGAGCCACAGGCGCCGUAGAAUAG